UGCCUGUAACUUGCACAUUGCAACUUGCAAACAGGAGAGGCCAAAAUUUAAUACUAAGUCAGCAAACCUUACCUAGCAUAAAACUGGCUAGAGGUGUCUGAAUUUAAGGCUUUUCCCCAAAAUCUGGGUAUUCCAGCAAAGUUAGCAAAGCUGGCAGGCUGUGAGGGUGGUAAGGCAGGGGCACAGAGCUGCCCCUUCCAUGGAAGUGUCCAAGGCCAGGUGGGACAGGGCUUGGAGCAACCUGGGCUGGUGAAAGGUGCCCCUGCCCAUGGCAGGGGUUUGGUAUGACAUGGCUUUAAGGUCCCUUCCAGCCCAAACUGUUCUGGAAUUCUAUGCUGUUGUCUCCUCAUCUCUCUGCCCAGUGAAAAUUGAUUCUGUGUAGGUGUGAUUAGAAUGAAGGAGGAGAGCUGCUACUGUCUAAUGUCUGCUGUUGCCACCUGGAGAGCUCUUGGAAUGCUGUCAGCAGCUCAGGGGAUCUGCUCAUCUGCUCUUCUCAGCACCCUGCCCUCAGCAGAACCACGAGCUGGAUGGAGAAGCAGCUUGGUUUGUGCAUUGCCAUGGGUGACCACUGCUUUCCUGUACUUCCCUAGUACUGAAGCCACCAGGAUUCAGUGAUGGAGGCUUUGCUGGAAGGAAUGCAAAGAGGUGGGCGGGGAAGUGGUGGGUUCCUGACCUCCUGUGAGGCCGAGCUGCAGGAGCUGAUGAAGCAGAUCGACAUCAUGGUGGCUCACAAGAAAUGCGAAUGGGAAGGGCAGACACAGGCUUUGGAAGCUUGUCUCAGUGCUCGGGAGGAGGAACUUUCCUCUGCCAAGGCAGCUCUGCAGGAAAAACAAAAGGAGGUUGGCAUGCUGCGUCGCCAGGUUGAGGACGUGGAAAAAUCCAAGCAGGACAUGGUUAGAGAGUAUGAACAACAGCUGAAGAAGUUCCAGGAGGAGUUGUCCCGGCUGAGGAGGAGCUAUGAGAAGCUGCAGAAGAAAAAAACAAGGAGCAGAGGAGAAGCUAACAAAGGACAAGAGGAGGACAAAUUUGAAUUGAGCCGACUGACCAGGAAGCUGGAGGAGUUCCGGCAGAAAUCGCUUGACUGGGAGCAGCAGCGCCUGCAGUACCAGCAGCAGGUGGCAUCGCUGGAGGCGCAGCGCAAGGCUCUGGCAGAGCACUCCGAGCUCAUGCAGACCCAGCUGGCCAGUCGGAAGCAGAUGCUGGACUCGGUGGAGCUGGCGAGCCGCUCGGAAAUCCAGCACUUGAGCAGCCGGCUGGAGAGGGCCAGGGACACCAUCAGUGCCAACGAGCGCGAGGUGGAGAGGCUCAGCAUGAGGGUGGAUGGCCUCAGUGAGGACAACCGCAUCAUUCUGGAAGAUCAGCACAGAGUUGAAGAGGAAUUAAGGGAGUCCAAGACAAUGUUAGAGGUGCUGCAGGAUGAGAAGAUGGAGCUGAAAGCCACCUUGCAGUCUCAAGAAGAUUUCAUUAACAGCUCGAAACUGCACCAGGAACAGUUACAGAAACAGCUGGACAGGAUGACUGAAACUCUUCACACAAAAGAACUCCUCAUCAGGGCCUUGGAGGAGCGCUUGCAAGGGAAGCCAUUGUCCUCUGCAGGGCUGGAGCUGGAGCAGGUGCUGCUGCAGCUGGAUGUUGCCCAGAAGAAGGAACAGCACUUGCAGUCAGAGGUGUCUCGUCUUGAGAACAGCCUGGUGUCUUCAAAUGCCAGGUGUGUGCAGCUGAGCGAGGAGCUGGGGGAGAAUAUCAAAGAGCUGCAGUCCCUGGAAGAAGACCAGACUGAGUCAAGGGCAGAGAUUAAAAAGCUGAAAGACCAGCUCUCUCAGGCUGAACAAAUGCACAGCAGUGAGCUGGAGAGGAUGAAAAGGGAGAUCUCCAGGCUGACCCAGGAGCUGCAGCAGCGAGACAUCACCAUUGCAUCAGCAAGUGGCUCCACCUCAGACCUGGAGCAGCAGCUCAGAGCAGAGAUUGAAAGGGCAGAGAGGAAAGCAGUGGAGCACAGGGUACUUCUGGUCCAGCUGGAAACCUUGAGGCUGGAAAACCGUCAUCUCUCAGAGAUUCUGGAAAAAACAGAGUGUGGUAAGCUGAAGGGGGCUGAUGGCAGCCUGAGAGCACUCAGGGAGGACUACACUGCUGAGCUCCAGAAAUUGAUAGCUGAGAACCAGCAGCUGCGGAAGGACCUGGCAGAGACCAGGGCGAAACUGGGAGUCACUGCACAGGAGUGCCCAGGUGAACCUGAGGGCAGGGCUCAGCAGGGGCAAGGCAGAGAGCCCAGGGAUUUACAGCACAGGGAAGCACAGCACAAGCAGGAUGAACACACAGAGAGGACACAUCUCCAGCCUGACAGGACUGCUCAGCAUCAUCACAGGGACUCCCAAAGGUUUGGGGCUGCUGAAACAGGAACUGUGACCCCUGAGAGGGGUGAGCCACCCUCCCAGAACAGCAGCAAGAACUGCAGGGAGCCAUGUGCCUGGCUGGGAAUGGAGUCUGUGCUUCUUAGGGUGCAUGAAAACAAAGAUCUUGAAGAUGAAGCAUCUAAGCAGCCUGCCUUAAAUCAUCACAGAGAAUCUCUGUUUUUGUGCCCCUUGCCUACAGCUUCUGUGGGAUCCAUUGCUGCACGAUACCUGGAAGAUGAAGAAGUGAGAUCCCAGCACAUCCUGGAGUGCCUAAAUGCUCACAUUGAGGAACUGAAAAAAGAGAGUGCAAAGAUAGUGAGACGAUUUGAACACCAUGAAUAAUGUUCCUUGUGGAGUUGGAAUGCUGGUUUCCUAUGUGCUUCCAAACUGUGAAUGGGAAGGUGCCUGUAUCCAGCUGGGAUUGGAGCUUGAGUGAGAGGCCGUGUGUACCACUUGGAGCUGAAUCAGCAGGAUGGGAGUUGAGGAAAAGGAACUCCUGUCUCCCUGCUUGCUCUGAUGAGGGGUGUUACACCACAAACAUUUGAGUCAGCUUGCCAUAGGUCAGAGACCUGCAUCACAGCUAUGUGCUCACUCACAAAGUUGAUGGUAUUUUUUAAAAGCAAAACAUUUCCUAGUUUUUAUGUAUUUAAAGUAUAUUUUCUACGUGUAAAAGCAUUGAAAUAAAUCAGAAUGGCAAACACCUGUUUUCCUGUUU